CGAAGAAGGGGCGGUCUUACACCAAAAGUGAAAACGGAUGGAUGAGUAAACUGAAAGAUAAAAAUCGAAGCUUUAUGUUGUAGCGUUAUUCACGAAUAUCGUAUCAUUGAGUUAAAUAAAAUACAAUAACGUCCACAUUGGCUCGUUGUAAUAUUGCAACCUAGCAUAUGUUACCGGCCGCUUUUAAUUGCUAACGACGUAUUCGAAGCUAUGUUAAAAUGCAUGUGUUGUUUUUUGUUACAUAAACUGAUAUUUACGAGAGUUUUCUAUAAUUCUGUGCGUUUAGCGGUAAAGGUUGCCCAGUUGCAAUCACGCUUCGCUGAGUGUCGACAAAUAAGCGGCGGCGAUUGGCUCACGUGAUGCGAAAACGUCAUGGCCUCGAGAAUUCAUUGAGAAAAAAUAUUGUUCAAAUCGAUGCACACUAAUAUGAAAAUAGUGGGGAUAGAAUCCCGUUUGAUUUAGCAGUUUGAAUUUAAAAAAAAAUUGCUAUAUGGUAUUUUAAAUAACAAUUUUAAAGAAAAGUGAAAGUAAAUUAUUAACGUCAUUAGUCCAAGUUAACAUCCCCGGUUGAGCAAACCGCAACAUCGAUCAAGGACAUUGUUAAAUCGGGAUAAUUUUGCAAAACAGUGACAAUAUUGUUUUCAGGAUUCUUUUUUCAUAACAUACAACAUACCGGACCUAUAAUACCCGCCCAAGAGGUCAGAUUAAAUCAUUUGUGGUGUUUGAGAGUUGACCAUUAACUUGUACAGAUUGCAAACAGCCCCUAGUUGCAACCAGCAGCUGCUGCUACGUCGAUCCUGAAGCAAAGUUCACCGGCAGGCACCGUCUGCUGAUCUCCUCUCUGAAUUCUCUUUUCAAAUAUAUUUAUAUAAAUACCUUUUUUUGGUUUGUUUGUUUGUUUUUUACAUCAUGGGUAGAGCAAAUUAUGGCUACUAUAGGUGCACUAUAUUUUUGGCCAUGUUUGUUGGCUACACACUUUACUACUUCAACAGAAAAACAUUCUCUUUUGUGAUGCCUUCGCUGAUGCAGGAAAUUGAACUGGACAAGGAUGAUCUGGGCAUGAUAACCAGCAGUCAGUCUUUGGCCUAUGCUAUCAGUAAGUUCAUCAGUGGAGUCCUUUCAGACCAGAUCAGUGCCCGCUGGCUUUUCUCCAUUGGAUUGUUUUUGGUGGGAGGCAUCAAUGUUGUCUUUUCCUGGUCAUCCACUGUGGCCGUAUUCUCUGCCCUAUGGUUCCUCAACGGCUUGGGCCAGGGCUUCGGCUGGCCUCCCUGUGGCAGGGUGCUGCGCAAGUGGUUCGAGCCCUCUCAGUUUGGAACAUGGUGGGCAAUCCUGUCAUGCAGCAUGAAUCUGGCCGGCAGCUUGGGCCCGAUUAUCGCCUCAGUGCUGGCCCAGAGUUACAGCUGGAGGACCAUCCUGUGCAUGUCCGGAAUGAUCUGUGUCGUACUCUCCUUUGUUUGCCUGUUGGUCAUCAAAAAUGAACCCAAGGAUGUGGGGUUACCUAAUGUUGAAGUGGCGGACAAGAAGAGCAAAGGGGAGUCUUCGAGCAAUGAGAGCACCCUGUCUGAGUUCCUGCUCUCACCUUACCUGUGGCUCCUUUCCGUGUCCUAUCUGGUGGUUUUUGGAGUGAAGACAGCCUGCACCGACUGGGGACAGCUGUUUCUCAUUCAGGACAAAGGACAGUCUACGCUAAUGGGUAGCUCAUACAUGAGUGCGCUGGAGUUGGGAGGCCUUAUAGGCAGCCUGGCAGCAGGUUAUUUCUCUGACAAAGCUGUGGCCAAACAAGGCAUAAAAAUGUACGGCAAUCCUCGCCAUUAUGUCCUGAUCCUUAUGAUGGCAGGCAUGUUCGUGUCCAUGUACCUGUUUAGAGUCACAGUCACUCCAGACAGCCCGAAGGUGUGGAUACUCUUUUUGGGUGCUGUUUUUGGUUUCUCUUCCUAUGGGCCGAUAGCCUUGUUUGGUGUGAUCGCCAAUGAGAGCGCUCCGUCCAACUACUGUGGAACAUCACAUGCUAUUGUGGCCCUCAUGGCUAACAUCGGUGGCUUCCUCUCUGGGCUUCCAUUCAGCACCAUUGCCAAACAUCAUGGCUGGGAAACGGCCUUCUGGAUUGCAGAGAUUUUCUGCGGCAUCACAGCUGUCUGCUUCUUCCUGCUGCGUAACAUCCGCUCUAAGAUGGGUCACGUAUCAAAGAAAUCAGACUAAGACAUGCUAAUUUCCCUCAAAAAGAUAACUAUGAAGCCUUCGUUGUAUUACCCUGUUUUUUAAACACAUUUUUAUACUCGCCGUGUUAUUUUCAGCAUGCAAAAUGAAGCUGGGGAUGAAGCUGGGACAUG